AUGGCUUCUACCGUCAAACGCAAACCUCUGAGCAGUAGAAUAAACAAUGAAGCAAUUAUAGGAAACCAGUGCUAUAGAGAAUCAAUAGCUCUCGAGGAUCAUAUUAGUGGCCCGAUGGGAGACACAGUCUCGUUCGAGGAUGGCGAUGCAGACUUGGAACCUGAGCGCGUAGAUUAUACGGGCUCACGCCUCGAUUCAUCUUCGGUCCAAUCAGAGCACUUCAAUGAGCGACAGUCUAUAGAAACGCAACCAAGACCUCCAUCUAACCUGGUAGAGUAUGUCUCCUGGGGAUUCGAUUGGCAAAAACCAUUAUCCAUAUUUGCACUUCUACUUCUUGGUUUUCUGUUCUCCUUUGGACACCACCUUUAUUACCGCUCAUUAAAUAACACCACUGCGGGCGAUGAGCACAAGCAAGCAUGGCAUAUCAGGUUUGGCACACUCUUCGCCUUUUUUGUCGUGACUCGCUUCCACGCCAUGACCGCAGCUGCGUUUGGGCAAUGUACCCCUCGAGCCGCGAAGCGUGCCCUGACAUCUAUAGAAAAUAACACUGUUGCUGAAAUAUCCAUUGGGCUCUGGUUUGACAGCUUCGAAAGAGGCCAUUCGAUCGGUCUUGCACGAGCUACCGCCCACCAGCAGCAACAAUAUCCCCCACAGGAGACAGGCCGUCCGGUUGCCCUAGAGGAGGAGAAGUCGAGGAAGAAGUAG